AUGGCUAAUAACGCAGCUGCGUGUGCUGAGAGAGCAACCAGUGACUUGCUCAUUGGUCCAGAUUGGGCUAUCAAUAUAGAGUUGUGUGAUAUCAUUAACAUGGACCCUAGGCAAGCAAAGGAUGCAUUGAAGAUACUUAAGAAGCGCUUAGGCAGUAAAAAUCCCAAAACACAGCUGCUGGCUCUUUUUGUACUGGAGACUCUUACUAAAAAUUGUGGCGAAAGUGUAUUUCAGCAGAUCAUUGAGCGUGAUAUAUUGCACGAAAUGGUUAAGAUAGUGAAGAAGAAGCCGGAUUUAAGUGUGAGAGAAAAGAUACUGAUUUUAAUUGAUGCAUGGCAAGAAGCUUUUGGAGGCCCAAGUGGAGUUUUUCCCCAAUACUAUGCAGCAUAUAACGAACUAAAGGCGGCUGGAGUUGAAUUUCCACCAAGACAAGAAAAUAGCGUGCCAUUCUUCACACCUCCUCAGACUCAGCCGAUUAUUCAUUCUGCUGCAGAAUUUGAUGAUGCUGCUAUUCAGGCUUCUCUUCAAUCAGAUGCAUCUGAUCUUAGUGUAUUAGAGAUUAAAAAUGCUCAAGGGCUAGCUGAUGUUUUGACAGAAAUGCUCAGUGCCUUGAAUCCGAAAGACCCCGAGGGCCUGAAGGAGGAAGUGAUUGUUGAUCUUGUUGACCAAUGCCGUUCUUACCAGAAACGGGUCAUGCUUCUUGUGAGCAAUACUCUGGACGAGGAGCUUUUAGGUCUGGGAUUAGCACUGAAUGACAGCCUUCAGCGAGUACUCCGUCAACACGACGACAUUGCAAAAGGAACUGCUAAUUCAGGUGCAAGAGAAGUAGAAACUCCAGUUCUGCCGCUUGUAAAUGUAAACCAUGAAGAUGAUGACUCAGAAGAUGAUUUUGGUCAAUUAGCCCAUAGGUCUUCACGGGAUACUCAUGCACAGAAUCGGAAACCAGUCUAUGACAAGCCAGAGUCAGUGAGAAUGAACUCACUUAUUCCCCCACCACCAGCAUCGAAGAGGCCAGUCUACUCUGGUACUGGCAUGGUUGACUAUCUUAGUGGUGAUACAUACAAGGCAGAAGGAUCCGUUGAAAACGCUGAACCAACUUCAUUUGCAGCUCCUCAUCAUUCUAUCCCUAACCCUACCUCAUCAACUAUUCCAACAGAGUCUUCACCCCAUCCUCAUGUGACUACUACCUCAUCACCAAUUUUUAGCAAACAGCCUACAUAUGACGAGCCGAAGUCUUCAGAACAGUUGCCUCCAGCUCCCUGGGAUACACAAGCUCCUGUUGUCAUUCCACCCCCACCUUCAAAGUAUAAUCAGAGACAACAGUUUUUUGAGAAAAAAGGUUCAUCUCAUUCGAGCAAUGGAUCAAGUUCGUCUAGUGACAGCUUGGUGGGACAAACUCAAAAUCUGUCUCUGAAUUCAUCCACCCCAACCAAAGAACAGAAGCCAGAAGAUGCACUUUUCAAAGAUCUAGUUGAUUUUGCAAAAUCAAAAACCUCUUCAUCUUCUAAACCCAAUAGGUUAUAUUGA